GAUGAAAACCGAUGAAACUGCGGAGAUCAUGGGGAGUUGUGGUGAACUGCUUGAGAUGUAAACAUUUUGUUGUGAGCGGUGUUUGCCCAUCGCGCUUCGCAGCAUCAUUACCACCUGAAUGCCGCCUUAGAAAAUGAUGCAGGACCUCCUGAAAGUGCUGCCUGAUGACUUGCCGAUAACCGACGUCUGUGUAAUUGAAGAUCCACAGAAUUGCCCUCCUGGAUAUCAUGUGGUGGACAAAACUUUUGACCAAGACACUGAUGCCGACCUCUGGAAGGACCGUUUCUUCGGCCGGCGUAUUACUCGAUACAUCUGCUACUCAAAGGCCCACCAUGCAGAAUGUGUUCAGUCUUUGUUGGUUGUGGCUGACAAGGAGGUCCCACCUGACGGCCAUAUCGUCAUGAAUUCUACAAAAGAUACAGAUCAGCGUGCCAUGAAGAAAAAGCUCCUUUGUUACAAGAUGGUUGCAAGGGACUCUGCUGGUGAAGCAGUUUCUGACAUUAUUGUUCUCAGCAAAUCACGAAAACCUCCAGAUGGGUUUGUGUUAGCUGGGGAGAUCAACAGCUUGCUUAUAGGCUACAAGCUGACAACUGUGGCACCUAUCAAUGGAAGGAAGAACAGCUACCAUCAGCCUCCCUUGCCACCCCUGCCUUACCCGCUGUCCUCUCAUGUGGAUGACCACCCGCAAAAGAAGUCUCCAGGUGGCCGUGUGUGCCAGCGUGGGAAAUCCUUGCAGAAGUCUGCUAUAGAUGAUGUACCUUUUGAAGUGAAUCCAAAGUACCGGGCCAUGUUUAGACUUUCUGAAUUCACCAUGCCAAACAUUAGGAUCAAGACAGCUAAUGAAAUCUUUGAGGAGUACAACUAUAACUUUCAAGUGGAACGCCAAGCUCAACAGACCUGAUUGCAGAGGAGUUGCCAACGAUCACCCUACCACCAUUUCUUCCUACCUGAACAGGGCCCUCUCCCCCAACAUCUCCAGCAUUGACCUACUACUAUAGUUGCAGUUUUUUCUAACUCUGAGGAGGACACAGUAGUGGAAACAAGGUGAUUUUGACAUUAUACGCUGAAGCACUACCAUGAGAGCAACAGUGCAGCAGGACUGAAGACACCUUGCAUCAGCCAUUUGAGCAGUUACACAGACUUAGAACAGACUUCCCUGUCCUGCAGUGUGCUUGCAUUGCUUCAGGGAGCUUUCUCGGCUCUGUUGAUUUUACUACAUAAAAGAGAUUCGCUUUGUGCUUGUAGUGCCAACACUUGUUUCAGCUUUUAUGUUAAUGACACCGUCCUUUAGGCACUGCAUUUAUGUGCAUUUGUUUUUUGUUUUUGUUUUUUGUCUCCUGUAUUGGGAAACAUGCCAGCUUCUGGUGCCAUGUUUGCACUUUGAUUUCUUACGUGUGAUAGUUUUCAGCAUUCUUUCUCGUACUGUGAAACAGAUCUCGUAGGUUUUCAGAUGUUUAGCAUGAUGUUUAUUGUUUUCCUUGCAGUGCUUCACUUUGCUGUGUUCAUUUGUUCUCGCUAAUGUUUUGCAUUUGAAAAAAAAAAAUUCAUACCCUGUGACAGUCCUCUUACAAUAAAGGUGUCGACACCCGUGU